AUGAUGGGCAAUCCGGGCAUUGUGUUCAUCUUGAUCGUUCUCGGGCUCUUGACGACGGCCAUCAUCGUCCAUGUCUCGAGCACCAACCUCUUCCUCCCGACCGCUCCCUUCCUGUCUAUUCUUCCCAUCCUGCUGCCCAUCAUCGGCACCAUCAACGCCUUCUACUAUCCGCGUCUGCUCUUCAACGCGAGCGGUUCCACGGCCCGCGCCCAGCAGCUCUUCCCCACCAUUAUCCAGACUCUGCAGGGCAUCCUAACCACCGCCAUCGCCGUCCUCCUGUUGCAGUCCGCCCUGCCCGGAGAUGACUUGAACUGCGCUCUAUCCACCCGCUGGCAGCGCAUGUUUUCCGCCAAGGACGAGUCCUCUAUUCGAAGCAUCCAGGAUAGCCUCGACUGCUGCGGCCUGAACAGCGUCAAGGACCGCGGCUGGCCGUUCGCCGGCAAUGUCCGAUGCGCUGAAAGGUUCAGUCGCGACACGCCCUGCGUUGGCCCAUGGCGCGAGGCGACCGUGAGGAUCUCGGCCAUCGAUCUUGGUAUCGUCCUGGCCGUCGGCGUCUUGCAGGUCCUCACUUUGCUCUUCAUGCAGAGCGCCAGCAACUGGAGACACGCUUGGUGGGCACAGGGCUGGAGCCAUCUAUCCGAACGUCCCAUCGAGGAGCGCGAGCGCAUCCGACCUCUUCUCACCGCUGCCGCUGCAGCCGUCGAAACAGCGCAGAACGACAGCGGCGAUGAAUCGGACGUGCCCGUCUCCUACCGCGACCUCAGUCCGCGCUACGGUACCACAGAUGAGGGCUACCGGGGUCGACCUCGCGCCGCCUCUGGCCGCAUUGAACCAUCGUCUUUGAGGAAUGUCUGGGUGGGCGACUAA